GUAGUUUGGUUCUUAAUAAAAACGUAAAACCCAAUAAACAGCAAAAAAGAAAAAAAUUUUCUCCAGUGCGGAUCGAACAGAUGUUUAAAUUUUUAGCUUGUUCCCUUAUAUUGACUGUGAUAGUAGAGAUGAAACCAUUAAGUCAGAGUGCUAUAAUCAACAACUUUUUGACCCCGGACAAUUGGAGAUCUGACAAAAAGUACAGAUUUACUUGGGAAGGUGAUUUUUCAUACAAUGUUCCAAAGAAUCUAAAAUGUCCGCGAGUUAUCAUACCAGAUCACGGUCGCUUUGUUUGCAGCGCUGGAGAAAAUUUUUCACGAUCUAUGUGUCUUCCUGAAUGCGAAAUUGGUUAUAGGUUGGCUAUGCCAGAAAGUGCAAGUGUAUUUAUAUGUUUAAAUAACGGAAAAUGGAUUGAUAUAUUUAAAAAUUCAGUUCCUACGCCUGUGAUGAAGUGUGUUGAAGAUAAAUACGCUUUUUGAUUUAAAAUAUAUUUAUAGUUUUUUUAUUAUAAUGUGUAAAUACUGUAAAUACUAUAUAAAUAUCGAAAAUAUUAUUUUUAUGAAUAA